AUGCAGGCCUGGGGCACUGUGCUGGUGACCAUGACCACACUGAUGAUUACCACUAUGGAUGCGAAGAUUUAUGAGCGCUGUGAGCUGGCAAAGAAGCUAGAGAAGGCAGGCCUCAAUGGCUUCCAAGGCUACAGCGUCGGAGACUGGCUAUGCAUGGCACACUAUGAGAGUGGCUUUGACACCUCCUUCGUGGACCACAAUCCUGAUGGCAGCAGUGAAUACGGAAUUUUCCAGCUAAACUCGGCCUGGUGGUGUGACAACGGUGUCACACCCACCCAGAACCUCUGCCACAUGGAUUGUCUUGACCUGCUCAACCACCAUAUUCUGGACGACAUCUUGUGUGCAAAGCAGGUCGUGUCCUCAUAUAACAGUAUGAAUGCCUGGGACUCUUGGGCCCAGCACUGUUCUGGUCAUGAUUUAUCUGAAUGGCUGAAGGGGUGUGAUAUGUAUGUGAAAAAUGACUCAAGGAAACACGGUGACUUAGAUUCCUGGGGAUAG